AUGUGUAGCGAAAGUGUUCUUGAAGAUAUUCAACCCGAAACGGCCUUAAGGUGUAUCACACAACAUCCUGGUUUUGGUCCUUUCUGCCUUGAAAAGUGGAGCUUACGUAUGGCUGGCGAACGUGUCAAGACCAAACCCAAACAAAGAUAUAGACAAACUGGAUCCGAAGAAAGGUGAGAUAGUUUUUGUAAUUUUUGUGCCGCAUUGAAGUCAAAUACGAUCGAUAUGGUACACACUCGAUUUGAAAACAUAAAAUUCUUCAAAACAUCGUCCAGCCGAAAUUAAAUACUUUUCUUAUUGUCUUUUUUUUGUUUUACAGUUACUUGCAUAGCAUUGCCUACAGGGAGUUUUCCAGGCUUGUCUAUGGUUUUCUGGGAAACAAGUGA